AUGUCAUCUGACGAGCUUGAGCGGUGGGCACAGGUCGCAGAAAUCGCCGGCGGACCAGUCGAAGAUCUGCAGAUCACUCCCCAGGCAUCUAUACAGUGCCAUGUUGGCCGACAGCUCUCCUUUUCCUGGCCACAGACAGUGAUUACCGAGUGGAUCAACGAGAACCACCUUAUCUGGACCCUAUGCGCCGCCCUCGCAGAUUCCGGCCUCGACCGAGAGUGGACACAGGGUUUUGACCUCUACUUCCGCAGCCAGUGGGUUCAGAUCCAGUCGACUGUGCAGCAGACCCAGGGUGUUGACCGGUUCCUGCUAGAUAUCUCAGCCCCGCCUAUGUCUAUGGCUGUGUUCGCCCACAACACUGGGCCUACGAUCCGCUACCACUCCAUCAUGUCCACCCAUGCUGGUACUCGUCCCGGCGGAGGCCUUCUGUAUCUGUUACGGCAUCUGUAUCACGGACGUGUUUCCCCGACUGAUGUCUUUGUUGUAGUUCUCUAUGACGGAGAUGUGACUGGAGGCGCGCGGCAGCUGCCUCCGUCCUCCGAUUCUGACUUAGCUGAUCUUUUCCCUGAGCGCUAUUCCACUCCGCCUCCUCCUUACCGUGGCACUUCUCCUGCUCCUCCUGAUUAUGCACCACCAUCCUGA